CAGAAACAUGACCCAAGAUGUUGAUGCCCCAGACCACAUCGACGACGUGAUGUCCUUGAAUCAGGAGCUUAUCCGGGAAUACUCCCGCGUGGAGCCUUACAACCAGAAGAUGACCAAGGCCAUGAAAAUCAUAACAGAAACAAACUUGACCAUGAAAGAUGUCGAAGAAGCAGGCUCCGACAUAUCAUUUAUCAAAAAGUACCAUCUACACUACGUGAUCUUCUUUCUACAAAACUUCAAAAAGCCCAAUUCAGUCUCUCUCGUUGUGUCGAUCACUAUAGCCCUAAUACCUUGGGUGAAAGCCCUUUUUGUUAACACAGGAACUGUCCAGGUUGCAAACGCUCCUGACAAUGAACCCGCAUUAUCGUUCAUUUUGAUGUAUGCUGAAUAUCUAGGGUAUCCCUGCGUCCCCUUAGGUUUGUUGUUGAUUGGCUCUGUACUUGCCAGAUUGGAGUUCGGCGAUAUUCCGAAAGGUUUCUGGAAGUCAGCAGUUUGCCACACGGUUUUCAGAUUGGCCAUCUUGCCUAUUAUAGGCGCAGCCCUUAUAACAAGAUUCAAGAACGCCCACUGGUUGACCGACCCCAUGGCGUUGUUUGUCUGUUCGAUGGAAUUCGCCCUACCAAGCGCUACAGUCCAGAUCUAUUUGACAGCAGGUGCAAUGCGUCCGGGCGUGAAGACUUGCUCACCCUUGAACUGUUUCGGCCUAUACUUGGCCCUACAGUAUGUAGUCCUGGUGAUUUCUAUGCCCAUCGUCGUGUGCUACUGCAUCAAAAAGACGAUGGAUAUGUGAAAAGACUUUUCACCAUUCACAGAGCAUUUGCAUGGAUAGAUAGAUAGAUAGAUAGAUAGAUAGACUUCUUUAAUACUUUGUACACUAGCAGGAAUCUAAUUUUACUUUCCCU